AUGCAGACUUCCAACAUCGCAGACCCUCUUCGUCAUGGUGACGGACCCAGCAUGAGCAAUCAACAUCAUUCUCUUCUCUUCCGGCUGCCACGAGAGCUGCGGGAUAGAAUCUAUGAGUACUACACACAUCAAGAGCAAGGGUAUAUAUACGAUCCAUCGGCCCAGAAGUUUCGGCUCGCCAACGGAGAAAAGAUCGAUGUCGCGUUGAUCUACACCUGCAAAAGAGUGGCUCAAGAGAUAGACGGUUUGGCGUUUGAAUCGAACACGCUCCGAUUCAGCGUCCUUCCAAAGAUUCCUGGCACUGAGACUUCAAGCUCUGUAGCCUUCCUCUACCGCAGUAACACGGCAGUGGAAGAGCUAGAGAAAACGAUUAUCAGGGAGGGUAGAGCGGGCUUGAAGGAAGGCCGCCUUUACCCUGUGUUUAGAUUGGAUUAUCUCAUCAAAGACGAUAUACUUCAGGAUCUCAUUCAGAUUAUUGCGAGGCAUCCAGCGUUCGAGCGCCUCGUUUUGGGAGAAUACGAUCCAUCCGCCAAGACGAGUGCUCCAUUGGACUAUGACCCGGUUACGGAUGACGAAGACGAAUUUGAGGACGAGGAUAAUGACAACGACCAGGGCAGAAGUCGCUCUCGGCCAUCAGUAUACACGAGAGACACCCUAUACCAGAUUAUCGAGUGGAGGCCCACGUAUUGGUGGAUUCCGGAGAAAAAGGACCUUGAUAAGGUCGCGAAAUAUGUUCCACAAGCACCAGAACUCGGGACUCGCCAUAAUGGUCGCGUCAAGAGAUUCAAAAGAUACUUCUCGGCAGCGGCAGCUGCCAUUCAAUUCCUUGAGCGCCUUACACCUAAAAAGCGCGCCCAAGUGCGCAAAAUUGUUAUUCAGGAAGAUUACGCGAGCUUAGGAAUCUCCCAGAACCACACGAGCUUAGGACUCUCCCAGACCCACGCACGCGGGCUUGUUCCAUAUUUGCUCGAGAAUCCUAGACUUCGGAUAGAGCGACGCGUCGACAUCUGGGGAACUGUGCUUAGCGAACGUUCCUACAGUGUCGAGCGCUGUCUCUGGGAUGUUGCAACGUGGAUACACGAAGCAAGUAUGCCAUGGAUUAUGGACCUGCCAACGGGUUCUUUCUCCUUGGUCUUACAUGGCCCUGACGAGAGAGCCAGUAAGCUUCUCUGCAAUGCCAUGCUACAGGCUGCAAUGUGGCAGGACGGCGCGAAAAAACUGACACGCCGGGGAAACAUGCAGGGGAUGAUUCCUAUAGCCGAUGACUUCGUCGACGUUAUAAAGGCGGUGGUGCGCGGCGAUGUUCCGGUGCGUUUCGAGGCAGGCGUGCCUGAGCUAUGGGAUAUAGACAAGAUCUUGCGCGAGCAGUCCGACCAGUGGCCAUGCGCAGUUGACAGAUUGAGAUGCGUUACUGUUUUCCAUUUCGGUAUGCAUGAUGGAGGCUGGGACUCGGUUCGCUCAGAGCAGAUGGAGGAGAUUGAGUUGACGGAUGGAAUGGUCGUUCGGGGUCUAUUUGAAACGGAAGAUUAG